CACACCAGUUUCUUCUAAAUUGGCCGCUUAGCAACAAACAGCUCUCAGCUGUUUUCAUGACGUCAUCAGAUCCUCAAAACGAAAAGCUCAGCUUAAAUCUCUAGCAUACUCCGUGUAUACAUCUCGAGAUAAUAGAAUAGUUUUAUCUCUCGAACUCGCCUUCGACAGCUUCCAGCUGAAUUGGUAAUUUCUCGAGAGUCCGUGGAGACCCUUGGACAAGGUCAUUUUGCAAAGUUUCACAUUUAGUCAAUUCGACAAUCAAAUAAACGUUAAGCCUCCUAACCCAUAUUGGUUUGGAAACUCUUAUUGCACAGUAACAAAUAUAUUAUGUUAACUUAUAUAAAUGGAUGACAGCAAUAGUUCUCUUGGCUCAAGUAAUGAAGAAAAUGUUGUCCUUGAAAACAGACCAACAAAAAAGAUUUGUGGAGUGUGUGGUGAUAGAGCGAAAAGCUAUCACUUUGGUGGAUUGUGUUGUGAAUCCUGCAAGGCAUUUUUUAGAAGAGCCAUGCAGAAUGAUUCGUUCAAGUCAUUCUUUUGUGUACAUGGCCAAACAUGUAUCAUAAACAAGGAAAAUAGAAGAUCCUGCCAAAAAUGUAGAAUUCAAAAAUGUUUCCGAAUAGGAAUGGAUAAAGGAUGGCUCCGUACUGAAGAAGAAAAUGUGAAAAUGAGAGAGGCCAAGCUAGUCAAUAGUAAACCUGCCAAGCAGCAAAGCACCGAUAUGAUUGUGGAAGAAAAUAAUCCCCAAACUAAUGCAACACUACAAGCCAGUUCAGUUUACGAACCAAGCUUUGAAGACAUCAAUGUAUAUCUCAGCCCUGAAGAUGUGAAGUUUUUAGAGAACAUAGUUGAUGAUUAUUGGAAAGCUUACAGGCAAGUACCUUUUGGAACAGAAGUAACGCAGAACAGUACGCCGCGAACUGGCCUGCAAGUAAUUAGCAUGUUCACAACAGGUAUUCGACGAUGGGCUGCCUUUGCGCGCUCGCUUAGCGAGUUCUCUUCGCUCUGUCGGCAGGAUCAGGCAAACAUUCUGCAGGCUGCCGUAAUGCAAUUGUCUAUUCUACGUGCAGUUGCGUCUUUUCGUAUGUCUGAGAAGGAAUGGCGAAUCAAUACCCCCGUCAACGAGUUUACACCGUCUUUAAGCCUGGAAGAUGUCCAGCGCCUUCUCACCCCUCAGUUGGCUGACAUGCACCUGACGUUUAUCUCGUCCAUGCAUAAGUUCAAAGUCGACGAGCCGACUAUCAUGCUUUUGAGUCUCAUAACGAUGUUUACGCCCGAUCGAGCAGAUCUUGUUGCUCGUGAAUCCAUUGCAAAAACCCAAGAACAAUAUAUUUUACUUCUAGAGCGAUACUGCAAUUGGAAAUACGGACCUGCUGAUAAAGGACGGACCUUUGCCAAUUUGCUGGCCAAAAUGAGCGAUUUGCGGGAGUUGAGCGACGUGCACAGCGAUCACCAAGUGCGUUUUGCCAACCAAGACCUUCAUAAACUAUAUCAGGAGAUUGACACUGAGCCACGCCCACACCUGAACAUGGACCUGAAUAACACGAAUCAUUUUCUCAGUGCGAUGGAGUUUAGUAUCCUUAAGACGCAUCAUACACUUCCAAAACCGGAACCCGUCGCCGAUCCUACCUACCGAGAACUGGAGAAAAUCGAAGAAAUGUGUGCUGUGUUAGAAGAUCAGCAGAAUUUGACGGCGGAUACUGAAAGUCAACAAAUGGAAACAGAUAACCCAAUUUAAAUAUUUUAGUACUAAAGAUGUAAAUCACCGAAAUACUAUGUGAAUAACCCGGUGCCAACAUUAUUCGUGAUAUGCUUCCCGGGAGUAUGCAUAAACACGCAUAUACCAGUGAACGAUUUCCAGUGGAACUAGAACUGUCAAUUCUUUCAUUGGUAUUUAACUGUUUAAUGUCAAAUCAAACAUGUGUAUUAUGGUUAUUCGGGACUUAUUUUGUAGUUUGAUGACCAUAAAAAAUAUUACUCUA